UUCUUUUUGCGCAUGCGCAGUGCGCUCCGCGAAGGCGGCGGCUCUGCGGGGCUGGCCAGGAGGAGCAGCUCCAGCACCCCCAGUCUGCAAAGGAACUCCAGGCGGCAGAGUGGCCAUCGCUGCAGGGGAGCAAUGGCCCCCAAACGCAAGUCGCCUGCCAAGGCCCAGGCCAAGGCCCAGGACAAAAAGAUGAAGCAGGAGCCGGAGGAGGACAGCAUCCGCUCCACCAUGGAGGCGCUGAAGACCGCUCCCAAGGAGAAGCUCAAAGCCAAGAUCGACUCUGCUUGCCAGCUGAGCAAUGGCAGUGAUGCCCAGAUCCACGAGGAUUACGACUGCAUAUUGAACCAGACCAACAUCGGGAACAACAACAACAAGUUCUACAUCAUCCAGCUCAUCGCUCAGAAUGGCAGCUACAGCUGCUGGAACCGUUGGGGUCGCGUGGGGGAGGUGGGGCAGUCGAAGCUCAGCCCCUUCCCUUCCCUGGAAGCUGCCAAGAAGGACUUUGAGAAGAAGUUCCGGGAGAAGACCAAGAACAGCUGGGCUGAGCGGGAGAACUUCGUGGCCCACCCUGGCAAGUACACCCUGAUCGAGGUGCAGCACGGGGCCGAGGAGGAGCAGGAGGUGACCGUGAAGGUGGACAGCGUGGAUGGAGGAAAGCGCACCAAGCAGAGGACGCUGCCCUGCAGCCUGGACAAGGCCACCCAGGAGCUGGUCUCACUCAUCUUCAGCAAUGACAUGUUCAAAGAGGCCAUGCAGACCAUGAAUAUCGACGUGAAGAAGAUGCCGCUGGGGAAGCUGAGCAAGCAGCAGAUCGCCAAGGGCUUCGAGGCCCUGGAGGCCAUUGAAACGGCUCUGCAGGAGCAGCCGCUGCCUGGCAAGCAGCUGGAGGAGCUGUCGUCCCGCUUCUACACCAUCAUCCCCCACAGCUUCGGCCGCUCCAGGCCCCGCACCAUAAACAAGCAGGAGAUGGUCCAGGCCAAGAAGGACAUGCUGCUGGUGCUGGCAGACAUUGAACUGGCCCAGAGCCUGCAGGCGCAGAAGGAGAAGGAGGAAGAGGAGGUGAAGGUGGAGGUGGAGGAAGUCCCUCACCCGCUGGACAAGGACUAUGAGCUUCUGAAGUGUGAGCUCACCCUGGUGGACCCAGCGUCAGAGGAUUAUCAGGUGAUCCAGACCUACGUAGAGAAGACCGGGUCGAGCCACCGGAAGGUCAAGAUCCUGAACAUCUGGAAGGUGAAGAGGGAGGGAGAGGGCGAGCGCAUGAAGGCUCACAACCACUUGGAGAACCGGCGCCUGCUAUGGCACGGCACCAACGUGGCUGUUGUCGCCGCCAUCCUGAAGAGCGGCCUGCGCAUCAUGCCGCACUCCGGCGGGCGUGUGGGCAAGGGGCUUUACUUCGCCUCCGAGAAUGGCAAGUCGAUGGGAUACGUGAGCUGCACCUCCCAGCGGAUCGGGAUCAUGUUCCUCAACGAGGUGGCCCUAGGCAAGGAGCAUCGGAUCACCCAGGACAACCCAUCGUUGUGCGAGGCCCCCCCGGGGUACGACAGCGUGAUCGCCUGCGGCAAGACUGAGCCAGACCCUGCUUGUGACCGGGAGCUGAAGAUGGAGGGCAGGAAGGUGCUGGUGCCACAGGGGAAGCCCAUCCCAGUGGCCAAGUACCGGGAUUCCUACUUCAGCCAGAGCGAGUACCUGAUCUACCGGGAGAGCCAGUGCCAGAUCCGUUACCUGCUCCAGCUCCGCCUCUGAGGUGCUUCCCCGCAGGCCUGGCACCCCUCCAGCUCUGGGAGACAGUGGCCUGCUGUGCCGAUGGCGAUGAUACCCCAGGGUGCCACCUGCAGCAGGGUUAGAUGACAGCGCUCAGUGGGCUGGCUGCGGGAGCGCCUCUGUUGCCCGCUGGCUCAGGAUCCCUGAGUCCCACGGGCCUGGAGAGAUGCUCUACAACGUGCCGUGAGAUGCGUGGCUCCUGCGCUUGGAGUCCCUGGGCCAUGCUGCCUGGAGGAGAGGACUGGGGUGCAGCUGCCAUAGCCAGUUGAACUCCCAACAGUCUCUGCUGGGGCUCUGGGGGACACUCCCAAGUGCUGGAGUCUGUGAGCCGCAGGGUGCUUUGAGGCCUUCUUUUACUGUAAAUAAAUGCGUGUGCGGAUUGCAGUCAGCUUUCCCCCCGUGUGUCACCCUGGCGCUGAAGAACUCAGCAGGGGUUGGAUCCAGGGGCUGGCAUGAGCCCAUCUCUUUGGCCUGCUCUUGCUCUCGGAGCUCUUGUCUGGGAGAUCCCGGCAGAGGGGAAAGAUCAAGGGUCUCCCCUCCCUGUUUCCGCCCCGGGAGAUCUGCUCGCCCUGCACAGUGGCCUCAGGAGAUGUGGCCUGGCUUGUAGGGAUGGGGGUGCCCUACCCAGGAGACAUGCUGUGGGUGAGGAGCUCAGGGCAGGGAGCGGCUGCUGAUCAGGAUCCCAGUGCAGCUUCCCAGGCACCUGCCAGCCAGGCUGGGGGAAGGUUGUUCUCUGGUCUCUCCCACAGAGAGAAAGCAGGAACAGGGAGGAGGCCAGGGGGGCCCCAUUAGAAACCCUGGUGCUGGGAGAAGGGGGGGGGCACAAUGGGGCAUGGGAUCAGCGGGCACCGAGAGAAACAGGAGGAGGAAUUGGGGGUCAGACACAAGAGCAGGGAAGUGGGGCGGGGCUGACACACUCAUCGCAGAUCUCCGAGUCCAGUCUGAGGGGUUAAUUUUUGCAAAGUAAACUAAAGAGACAUAUUCCCUUAUCUAAUCUGGCUACUUAUAUGGCUGCCAUCACCAUAGUAUCCUGCAUCCAGGCGGUAAUUACUAGGUGAGAGAACAAUAACAAUCUAUCUCGCUCUUCCUCGCUGGCCUGGUGGGGAAGAAGCUGGAUUGGCUCACGGGGUUGUUCUGUUUGCGUGAGUGGAGUUCUGGGCGUCUGCGGGAAGAUCUGACUGAGGGGAAGCCACGGGCCCAUCAUCGGUGCAGGUAACUCGAGUUGUCCCUUGAAGGUUGUCCCACGAAGGUUGUCCCACAGCGAGUGCCAUCCACACCCACGAACCUGGAACUCCGGUGGGAUGGGCUGCAGGUCCUGUUAACCCCACUCGCAAUCACUCUGGGCAUGGCUGUUCUCGCUCGAGCAGGCUAACUUGAGAGGGCAGGAACACUGGUUAACUCUACAGUACUAGCAUGGCCUCUGUCUCAGCUGUGAUCCCAGCUGUGUUCCAGCCCAGGCCUGGUCUCAUCUUGUACACAGGCAAUUUCCAGAGUCUAGUACCAGCCCCCAGGAAAGCUCCAUCUGCACCGAUGAGCUUCCCCCGGGUGGUGGAAGGUGGCUGGCCUGGCAGGUCCCGGAGGCUGAGGCCUGUCUCAGCCAGCCAGGGCCAGGUCCAUCAAGGGCUUCGAACUACAGGGCACAGGCUGUGAAGUGGACUCUGCUUAGUGGGAAGCCAUUGCAGAGCAGGGUGGUGUAGCUAUCCCUGGUCUAACCAGUUGCAGUAGCCCAGCUUUGGGCUCACAGAUGCCUGAAGUGCAGGGUCAGGGCUGAAGCCACCAGGAUGGGGCUCAGCGUGGGGGAUUUGUCACCAGGGGUAUCUGAGCACCCAAGAAAUCUGGGCCCCUUGAAGUCAAUGACAAACCUCCCCUUGAGCUGGGAGAGGCAGGAUUUCCCCCAGGCUGUGAUGGCCUUGCCAGUCUACAGCAGCUGCCCUGGUUGGAGUACAUCCAGUGUGAUGAGUUCUGUUCCAGGGAGUGGUGGGGCAGCUGUACCUCACACCUUGUCCAGUGCCUCCCCUGGCCUGCCUGGAGCUGCUCUCGCAUCCUCCCACUGCCUGCCCCUCUGGUUCUCCAGGGCUGGGUGGCUUCUGGGGGAAGCAGAGCCAGGGAGAUACCAGAGCCUCUUCUCACAUUGUAAGGAGAGUGAUCACUUUAGAUAAGCUAUUACCAGCAGGAGAGUGGGGUUGGGGGAGAGAAAACCUUUUGUAGUGGUAAGCACCCAUUUUUUUUCAUGCUUUGUGUGUAUAAAAAGAUCUUGUGUACUUUCCACAGUAUGCAUCCGAUGAAGUGAGCUAUAGCUCACGAAAGCUUAUGCUCAAAUAAAUUGGUUAGUCUCUAA